UAGCUGAUAGCUCACCCCUGUUGGCUGGGCUGCUUGCCGUUUCUUCUGGAUUAUACAUUCUAUUAUUUCAUGAUAUGUCUUCAUUAAGUUGUCUUGGAUUAAUAAUAGCUUCAGAAAGACGACCUUCCUUCGAUAGCCAAGUGUAGGCCUAUCAUCAGAUCAGAUGAAGUACUUGUACUCUUGGUUGCGAACUGGACUGGGAUGUGGCUACUGCAGAAAUGCGUUGCUUGGAGACUGAUAAAGGUCUCUUGAUGAUGAACAAAAGGAAUCCCCUUUUGAAGUGCAAUGCAGAAUUCACAUCAAAUGUUCAGCCCACCGUCUUCAAAGAUUCUCCUUGUUGCUUCCCCUACCCAGUCUAUCCAGUCACAGCUCUCUCCACCUUUGCCUGCAUGCAAGGGACAGGAUGACUAUGGGAAUGAUAUACCAAAAAAGGCUCGCCUCAUGAGUGGAUAUGUGCAUGACCUUAUGGAGAGAAAUAUUCCAUCAGGUUCAGACAAACAGGAAAAGGAAUAUUCGUCUGACUGUUCAGGUAAUAAUACUGAAGAUAAGGGGUCACAGACAUUAUGGAGUAUACCCUUGGAUAUUGCGCUACCGAAAGAGGUGUUGUCAUCUGGGAGUGGUGUGGAUCAUUCGGGAAGACAUGCUCAUAAAAAAUUCCGCCAUCAGAGGCGGGAGAAGAUUCCAAAAUUGGGUGACUCAGAUACCCAAGAUGAAGACAGCGUUAGCAGUCAGAAACUAUCAAAACAUUUAGAGAAAAUUCGUGACCGUCCGUGUGUCAAUCCAAAGUCAAAUGAAAAGAGAAGAAGUAUACAUGAUCAGCGCAUUCUACAUAAUGGCAGGUCCCAUCCAUCACAUUUUGAUCCCCGUACACCGGUUAGUAUUGAAUCCUUCAGCGAACCUGGAACACCUUUAAGCGUUGCACCACAAACUCUUUAUAGUGACCCUCAAACACCGUACAGUGACCCUCAAACACCAUACAGUGAUCCCCGAACACCGUACAGUGAUCCUCAAACAACGUACAGUGAUGUUGGAACGCCCUACAGUGAUCCAAGUACUCCCUACAGUGAAACUAACAAUGAACCAAAACCGCCUUAUAGUGCUCCAUGGACUCCAAGUAGUGGUGCCCAGACACCACUCAGUGUCAUAAAUUCUCCCAUGGCACAGAGUAUUGAACUGCAUACGCCUCAAAGUUUGGAGUCUCCUGGGAGUGGAGGCUCCCAAUGGAAUGAUCAGGAUGGGUCAAAGAGACCCUAUUGGCCAGAGAUACAACGUAAUGUUGAUGGUAGUCAACCUAUCAUCGAUUUGAGGUUGCCAAAGUCGGUUGACAGUAAUGAACCUAAAACCCCAUGCUCUGAACCUAGGACACCAUAUGUCGAACCAAACACCCCAUAUAGUGUUCAACCUGGGGCGCAGGUUGUCCAUAUCGAUGAAGCUGAGUUGGAUUCUGGCUAUUCUAGUAAGACUGAUUUCAGUGACUAUCUUUUGUCUAAUAGUAACACGGCUUUAAUUUCAAGAGAGGCAUUUCUGGCUAAUGCCAAGACUGAUGGUAAAAGUACGAUUGAUUUGUCAAAUAAAAAUAAUAUGCAGGGGUUUGAUGAUGGACAUGGUUGUGUGAAAGGUCAGGGUGAUCAAGAGAUGUUAAAGGAAAUGCCUGCUCAAUCCAAUGCAUGGAAUCAUAGGGAAAGUUGUGAUAGUUCAGGGAGAGACUCGGGCAGACGGCAUUCUAUUGGAGAACCUGUUAAAGAGGAUAACUCAAAAGUGGGAUACUAUCAGGGUUGCUCUGUUGAGCAUGCAGAUACAGUGUCCCCAUAUGCGGUUUCUGAAGAACAGUUGCAGGAAAGAAACCACCAGAAACAUGUUGAUAUGUGGGGGAAAUUGCAGUCGCCAAAUUUGAGUCGUUCUUCAGUACGACCACAUGAAGAUGAAAAGAGUGAUCAUAGGAACUUGUAUUUAUCUGAAGGUGACUGUGAUGGAAAUGGAGGGAAAGAUGUGUAUAAAUCAUUCGCCGAGUCCCCAAAAUCGGUGAGAGACAUGCGGCAGUUUGAAAAUGUUUGUUCAUAUCAGGCAUUUACCUCAAGGUCAAAUUCAGACAAUCGUAACACUUCAGAGGAUCAUCGUCCAUGUUUGCCGGUGAAAGAAACGAUAGCUGAAACUAUCCGACAAUCAGAGGAGCAUUCAAGACAACGGGUGCGGGAACCACCUGACCCUUGCCCAUAUUCAUCACAACCGCAAGAUGUAACUCCAUUCAGACCAAUAGAUUUUGGUACGGCGUCCAAUUUGAAUAAACAAUCAAAGGAUAUCAUCGCGCAUUCAAAUCAAAAUCAACCAAUGAAUCCUGGAAGUUUUGAAAAUGAGAUGUUGUCUAUACCGAUGAGUCGGGAACCAAGUCCUCGUCCCCAUUUGACUGGAGGGCUUAAGUUCCCAAGACAUUUGAGGGAUCCAGUUUCGAUUCCCAGCACCCAAAAGCGGGAUCAAUAUCAAACAGACUACAUAAUGUGCAGUCCAACUUUUAUUGCACCAAGUUUGGAGCCAUGGGGUUACGAUCCAAAUCGCUCCAUGAACGAUGCGCCGGGAUACUUUGACGGGCAAUUCAGUCCGUUUGGGAAUAACUUUGGUGAAUACCCAUCUAAUCCUGCCAUUCCACGCUUCAUUCACCCAGCGUUGCCUUCAAUGGGGACACCGUCGUCUCAGGUCAACUCUUUGAUAAGUAGACCCCACAGUAAUGGACAUUUUCAGAAUCAAAUGCCUCAAAAUGCACAACAGUUACCUCAUGAUGUGCCCACGGAACAGUUCCAUUGUGUCAAUGAGGACAUAUUACGGAAUAUUAAACAGGAAAAAAAAGAUAACCAGGAAUGUAGUCAGUCACAUGGUCAGGUUUCAGGGUUUCAUCAAAAUUCUCCUCUCUUGGACAGUGACAGGAGUUUAGAUUCGUGUGAUUCCAGUGUCCGUGUGCUGCAAGGGAAACGCACGUCACUCGAUUUGAACAUUGACUCGCCGUCGAAUACGAAAGCGAAGCGUACCAAGUACCAGAAGGAGAUCGAGAAAGUGUCCUGUCAGGUUUGCAGUGAUGUUGCUUCGGGAUUCCAUUGCGGCGCCUACGUUUGUGAAGCAUGUAAGAAAUUCUUCAUUCGGAGUACUAAGAACGGUGCUAUGAAAUAUGUGUGUUCGAAAAGUCAAUCGUGCCUUAUCACGAAGGAGUCUCGCACGCAAUGUCAACACUGCCGCUACCAGAGGUGUCUUUUUAUAGGCAUGCUAAAACCAGGUACUGAUCCACUGUUGUCUGCUGAUGCAGACAUCUCGCACAUUCCAUGUAAAGUCUGUGGUGCUCCAUCAUCAGGGUUCCAUUUUGGUGCCAUCACAUGUGAAGGCUGUAAGGGUUUUUUCCGACGGACAAUCAAAGAAAGAGAUUCAUACCGAUAUAGCUGUUCUAAGGCUGGCAAUUGCUCAAUUACCCUGGCAACUCGAAAUGCCUGUAAAUUCUGCCGCUUUAAAAACUGUGUUGAGGCAGGGAUGACCCCAGAGGGCAGUAGAAUUGGUCGGCAGCCAAACUCAGUCAAACGUGCCACAAUGAUUGAACUGAAACAUAUUCACAGCACAGGACAACCGGUGCCCUCAACACCAGAGCUCUGUACGAACUCCUGCCCCUCGACACCCAUACCUUCAACCCCGACAAAUCCCCCAACACCUAUCCCAGCACCGACAAGAGUGAAGAAAGAACCAGGAGUUUUGACGGAGGAGGACAUGGACAUUUAUGAAGUUGGUGUUCGAAAUGCUGUCAAGGAUUUGAUUGGAAUAAGAGAUAAAGCUGCCAAGGUGCCUAAGAUGACCGACUUUAAACCACUUGCUAUGUGGAACCUGAUGAUGGACCAGUUUAAUCAUGAUGCCCUCUGUGCCCUGAGGUUUGCAAAGAAACUUCCAGGUUUCCGAAAGUUGCCGAUUUCUGACCAGAUCACAUUGGUUCAGACUAGUGUUUAUCAGCUGUGUAUCUUCAUGCACGUGGUCCAAUACGAUCCUGUGAGGAAACAAGUCAACUACUUCAACUUCUCACAGGAUGAACUGGCGAUGAUCGUGAAAACGUUUCCAAACUUCACCGUGUUCACAGACCAGUUUAUGUAUUUUGGUGAGACACUUCAGGAAUUAGGAUUGGAUGACAUGGAGUAUGGAUUCCUGUCCGCAAUACAGCUGAUGUCAUCUGAUGAGGGCGAGUUGAAGAGCACAGCGCUGAUAGAUGAAAUGCAAGAAAACAUAUCACUGACGCUGCAGCGUUAUAUUGAAAAAAAAGAUGGCCCAGAAAGUAACCGUUUCGGUUUCUUGCUUCUGCGGUUGCCGGAGUUGCGCUUGGCCGGCAUCAACCAUCAGCAGAUUGUCAUCAAUUUGAAAGACAAAAUGCCUGAGUUACCGUUCCCACAGCUGUUCACGGAGAUGUUUUUGAAUGACGUCGAGGAGACCUUAAACAAGGAGGAGGAUGCUUUAUGAUAACGCUGGAUGACAUAGAAAAUUGAUAUCGUACAGUUGGUUAUGAAAGUAUUUUCCCGUAGUUGUUAUCGAAUGUGGUGCAUUCAGAAAGACGUCUAUACUUGGUCGGAAACUUAAGAGUAAGGAAACCUACCUCAGGUUUAUUAAAAACUGUAAAAUUGCAAGUGCAUUAUCGUACUUUAGAGUCCACUCUGUCCAUUUACAUGUAUGGAAGUUCCAAGGGUUACUUUGAAUUUUCUUUUGUUUUACAUAAGAAAUAUCACUACAAGAAUAAUAAGAAAAUUUGGUCGCACUAAAAUUCCAUCCUCGAGAUUGUUGCUAUGGGGUGUUAUGCAAAAUUUUCUGUCUUCUGAACUCUGUUUAUGUUUUCAAGUAUUCCAUUUUGAGAGAUUCAAGUUGCUUGACAAUCAGUGUUCAGCCGAGUAAUUCACACACCGACACAUGAUCAGGCAUCAGCACUGUUGUAAUCAUUAUAGUUCUUUGCAUCAACAGAGAGAUUUUGAACCUGUGUCAGAUGCCAAUGGAGAAUGAACCGCCUUUAGCAUUCUUUAGCAGUAUUCAUGAAUUUGUACCGUAAAUGACAUGACAAUGUGCUUCGAAAUGUGCUGUCAUAAAACAUGCUCUAAUUUUAUCCAUCUGAUUUUCAUGACUUCUGAUAAACACAAGAAAUGUUACCUCACUUGUUGCAAACCAGUUGUAUUAAAGCAUAAAACUAUACAUGUAUACAUUGGAGCUUGUUAUUAACUCUUUCAGUGCCCAGGAUUUGGGCAUUUUUGGGCAUUGUCACUACCCAAAAUCUCACAAAAAUAAUUGAGAUACACUCAUCAAAAUUCUUCAAAACCUUUGUCUUUACCUCCUGUUUCAAUAAAACAGCAGUAAUAAGUAGGGGCAUACUAGGAUUAUGUUCUAAAUUUUUUUGAGGGAGUGGUAUUUUUGGCCGAUUUUCACCAUUUUUCACCUAAAAUGAGGGGUGGCAAACCCCACCCCACCCUCUCAGUCGAAAAAAUUAUUCAAUUUGGACGCCCCAGGCCAGAGAAACCAAAUGAACCACAUUUGAGUAGCUGGGGACAUCUGGUGUCGUCUGGAGGAACUAAAAUACCUUAAUAUUUAGGACGUACAUGUACGUCCUUGGCACUGAAAGAGUUAAAGUUAGCUCGUGGAAGUGAAAAAAGCAUCAUAAAAACAGUGUAUAAUAAGUUGGGGAAAAGUGUAACGUUUGGUCCUGGACAGUGUAUAUAAGCACCUUCAAACAAAUUUGGGCAUUUCUUUCGCACAAAGAAGAAAUGCUAAAAGCAUCUUUUCGAGUGUACUUAAAGCUGUGAUAAUGUCAAAUUUGUAUAUUUUGAGAGAACCAGACAUGUGCUACAUAAUCAAGGGCUUUAACAGGGUAUUGUAAAUGUAAUGCACAGUUAUGAUAAUGGUUGCAGCAAAGUAUUCUGUCAUUUCGUUCCUUGACAACAAUUUUGAUAUAUCAUCCAUGCUUUAUGUUUUCCAGGGUGUGUGCCGGCAUGGCAUUCCCUUUGCCUUCAUCAUAUAACCAAUGGGUUUCUGCUUAGUAUUUGUAUGGUGGUGAUAUGCAUACAAUGCCACUGGUGCCUUGCACCCCAGUGUAAUUAUUGAUUCUCCUUAAAUAAUUUUAAAAGAUUGCUUUCUGUGCCUUAGAGAUUCCAUUGCCAACUUGGACUGAUACCUGAUACGCUCUUUCUAUGCCUUCUGGUACUUAGCCUGAUAUCAUCAUGAGGCCACAUUUUGGCUAUGCUUAUAAUUUAUUACAACAUAAGCCUGAUAAACUUGCAAAAUGGCAGCUACAAAAUAUAUUUGUAACAGCUAGAAUGCCAGGGUUGCUUCACAUUGUAUUGCAUUUGCCCUAAAGAGACUCUUAACUAUAAAGGGACACUGCUGGAGCCUAUUUAGAGCAGGGAAAUACAGUAGAACCUCUCUAUUAAGGAUACCCUCGGGACUGAAAAGUGUUGUCCUUAAUAGAGAAGUGUCCUGAUUAGAGAGGUCCAGUUAAAUGGAAACAACCAAUUUGGGACUGAAACUGGUGUUCCUAAUAGAGAGGUUGUCCUUAAUAGAGAGGUGUCCGCUAUAAGAGGGGUUCCACUGUAGACAUGUCUUUUGAUCAUCAUUUUACCAACUGUUCACUUUCACAGGAACACUGUGUGGAUAUGAUGGCUGUCACAAGUCUAAUUAUUAGGCUUCUCCUUUAACUGAAAUUUGUAUUGCACGCUACCGGUUAAUUUUAAAAUGUGCUUCGGAAAAGAUACAAAUAUUUCCUCACGGGUGGGAAAGGAAGCCUGAUAGAAUGACAGCAAUGGUGUUCAUCCUCUGCUGCUGAAGUUAUGAAUAUAUUUCUUGUUGUUUUGUGAUGGUCUUGGAUUGUUACAAACCGGUGCAUGAUUAAUCAAAAUUGUGAUGUCUGGAUUAUUCAGAUUUAUGUCUUUCUAAAAUAUAAUUUCAUUGUUAUGUAGGUUAAAUAUACCUUGCUAGAUAUCACAGUAAUGAAAUUUCGGGCCCUAAUUCACAUGGUUGAUCAAAUCUGGAGUGACAGUUUCAGCACCUCAAAUUUGCCAUUGCCUAAUUUGAAUGUUGCCUCAAAAAGAACCAAGGAAAACUGUUUGUUGCCCAGAGUGUCCUUCCAGAUUCGUAUGGCCAUGUGCGCUGUGUAGAGGCAGAUUGUUGGUGGACUUUGGCUUGUUCACCAACCAUACUUUCAUUGGGCCUUUAGAGGAUUAGUAAUUUUACAUUCUAGCACUGAAGAUUUUGUAAAGUGGGACAUCGUCGAUAUCAAAGAUGUACCGAACAAUUCACAGUUUUCUUCUUGGCAUUGGCCUGCUGUACAUAGAUUGCUGUUGUCAUUCCGAUGUGCCUUCUUUGUAUAGUAUCCCAUGUGAAAAAAUACAAGGGUAAUGUACAUGUACAAUAAUGAAAAAAAGAUUAGAAGAUUUGUGAUAAUACUGUACAAAUAUCAUCUUGACACAUGAGGCUGUGAGAUUGUAAAGUCUCUUCAAUGAGGAAUAUACUGUCUAUUUUUAAGGUGGGGGAAUGGGCAUAUUUCAUCAGGUCAGCAACUUCCUGGAACCCAUGUGCAGUGGCGACUUCACAAAGACAUACCACUCUUCACACACGCUUUUACACCGUAUCCUUCUAUGGGUUAAGUUACAUCAGCCGUUGGAACCCCUGGCCUUGUGUAAUCUGAGGUUUACAUUGCGGGUUCCAGGGCUUGACAACCUAUAACUGUAGCAUCUAUAUACAGUGACUAUCAUGCAAUCUUUUCAUUGUCAGUGAUUCUAACUUGAUAACUGGUGACGGUGGUACUAAAGCUUUAGACGAGUCUGGUGUAAUUAGAUGCUUUACUUUUUUUUGUUUAAAUUUUAUCCGAUGAUAGAGGGACUUUCCCUUCUAUGUGUAAAUAUUAGAGAUAUUUAUAUUUGUGUUGUUCACAGGAUAUUUCAUAUACAAUUCUAAUGGCCAUUGUAAUCUUGAUCUAUAUUGCUUUCUUGUUAAUAAAUGAUGUUAACUUUUAUAUAUCAAUGAAUUUCCUGGAUACUCCACUUUUUUGCUGUCUUAGUAGAAUACAUGUAGGAGUGAAAUUCGUUGCUGUCCAGUGGGGAUCAUUUGUUACUGUUGAGCGGCCAAAUGUUAGUGUAUCCAAUAAUGUUCUAGAGUGUAAAUAAUAUGGGUUUGCUAACUUUGGAUAAGGCUUAUUAAUUGUUAGAGUUCUGAAGAUUUGCUAGGUUGCUAGGUAUUUCGUCUGCGUGCAAUUUCACCAAUUUCAUCAAUUUGACCUUUGUAAUGUUAGUGAUAAUGAAACUGUGCUAAUCAUGUGCAGUCUGUUUAUGUUUGCAUUAAAAUUUGAUUCAUGGUCUUCGUUGGCCACAUUCAGGAAAUGGGUGAGGUUUUUUCCUUCAUCUUUCAUCUUUCAUCAUCAGUUGAGCCAUGAUUUUCCUGGCGUAAAAAACACUCAUAGCUCAUUGGCCAGAAAACUGAAAAUUGACGAUACCAAAAAAUUGGACACUUGUCGUCAAGGGUUAAACCUUGCCCCUGCACUUUUAGCUGUGUAUUUCUGUUGCUGUGGCCCGAUAGGAUUUUUUUCAGAGAGUUACAUGUAUUGUUUUGGUAUUGCAUUGGACGGUAGUAGAUUUUCGCAUUUGUUUUUAACCCUUGAAGUCGGAUUUACAAUUUGAACUAAUUGAAAUAGAUACUCAUUUAUGCAUCAAUUGUAGUUUAGUAUGUAAAUGGAAUGACCCCAGUGUUACAUGUAAAUUCUGCUCAAAUACAUGUAGGCUGAAAACUGCUGAGUCGUGUGGUAGACCUCCUUUCUGCAAUAACUUGAAGCCCUCUCGUUUACACAGUAUUUUAGCACACGUCAAUCUCUAACCUCUUUCUAAACAAUUUUAAAUUUUGUAUUUUGCUAUCAAAACUUGUUCUACUACUAUUUCUGCUUUGUUAGUUGGUGUUGACAGUAGUUUAUCAGAGGCAGUAUUAAAGUUCAAUACCAAGAGUCUCUUGCCCCAAUCAGCUAAAAAUGUGGGUUUCCAGCAUGAUUUCAUGUUGCCGGAGGACUCAAGAGCUGGCUGGAGCAUGUGGCUUAAAACAAUGUGGCGUUCUGAAUGGUGUUCGUGCAAUUACAGCUCAAAGUUGACCAUUCAACUAGGCUUUUCCAUGUUUUCACAGUAUUUUCUAUUGGUCUUCAGGCAUAAUAUUUAAAAACAUCAUUUGGCAGUCGGCUGCAAAUUACUUGUCUAACAUGUCAUUUGGGAGGGAAAAUGUUGACAGAAUGUCAUGAUCAUGUCGACGGUGCUGCUCGAAGCUGCAGGUAUAAGGAGAUGAAUGCUGCCUCUAUAAGCUACUGAUGUCUAUAACAUGUUUUGGUGAUACUGGUACAUGUAAAAUGUACAUUAGGAAUUGUCAUUGCCUUCAGUCAAUGUUUUGAGUGUUUUAUAUCAACAGCCUUAUGCGAGUGAAAGUCAGCUGGUUUUCAUAGGCUGUUGAACCUUUCAUUCUAAACAAUGCUAAAGGAAGCAUCUCCUAAACUAUAAAUUAUAUCUAUUGCCUGUGAAAACUGUCAUAUUUUAAGUCCCACCCUCUGGUUUGAUGUUGGUGGGACUCAUUUAUUGGAUAAUCUUUUCUUCCUCUGCUGUGCUGUUUGAAGAUUUUUGCUUCUUGAUGGGUGAUGUCUUCAAUCUAUGCUUCUUCCAAAUUUAUUUUAGUUUCAAUCUGUUACAAAAACUUGAUGCCUGCUUUGCUGGGUUGACUUGAGUUAGUUAUAAGCUGAGCAUAACUCUUUUGCUGAGUCGAUCGUUGUUGAUAGUCAAGAUACCAUAUCAGAGAUUCCGGUGAUUUUACAGGGUAAAAAUUAUUCACCUCAGAAUUUUAAGGUUGUUAAACAAAGAAACCGACAGAAUGUUGAUUCCGAGUAACUUUCACUAGGUCAUCAAAGAAUUGUUGAGCUUAAUAUUGUAUUUGUAUAUAGAGACUUUUGAUGAGGUACAUGUACAUGAACCUAAUUUUUUACGUUUGUUAUUUGUCAGUUGUGGCGAAAGGCAGUAAAUUAUUGUAAUCACA